ACUUCCCUUCCCUUUAGCUAUCUCCUCAAUUGUGAACACGUCGUGAUCAAUUCACAUCGCAUUCAAGUUCAUACUCACUUACUAACUCACCCGCGUCACUCUUUUUCCCUCUGUCUUCGUUUUUCAGUUUCCCUUUACCCAGGCCUAAGGCGGGGAUAACUAGGUACCUACCUAUCUUACCCCCCCCCUCCUGUACUCUAUCUUCCCCGCUUCCUUCUUUCCUUCUUUCCAACCAGCCAACCAUCCAACCAUCCAUCCAUCUUUCUCGUCCUUCCUGUUUCCCGUCCUUCCUGUCUCCCUGGGAUACCUGACCCAUAACAUACCUCUACUUCAACAACCGACAGCAGCAGCAAAAAGCAAAAAAAGCAAAAGAAAAACAAUGAAACCAACAAGCCACCUCCGGGUGUUUAACCCCCCACUCAAUCUCAUCCUUCGCCAUGGUGCAUCGUCUUCUCAACAGCCGUUGGGAAGGGUGAUUCCUUUGGAUGUGCAGUUGCAGUUGCAGCGACAGCGUCAGCCACAGCGAAAGGUGGUGGAGGGCUGGGUGCCGGGAGUUGAGGGUUUAGAAGAGAAGAAGGGACAGGGGCAGGGGCAGGCAAUGGGGCAGGUAAUGGGGCAGAGGUUAGAAAAGGGACGUGGACAGGAGCACAGGUUGGGACAAAGGUUGGAGCAAAAGUUGGAGAAGGGACAGGAGUUGGGGCAUAAGCCGGAAAAACUGGGGCAGGAGAUGGAGAUGGAGAUAGAGAGGGAGAAGAGGUUAGAGAUGGCGAAGUGGUUGGACAUGGGACAGGUGAUGGGGCAGAGGUUGGGGCAGGAGCAAAGGUUGGGACAGAAGCUGGAGCAAGUCAAAGUGGAUGUGGAUAUGAAAGUGAACGGAGCAGGGCAGCAACAACGACAGCAACAGCACCAGCAACAGCAAAUUGCGUGGGAUACUAAGGUGAAUACUAUUGGGCUGCAUAGCACCAAGCAAAAGGGGCACCGACAACAAUAUGGGGGGUAUCGACAACAGCAGCAGCAGAGGGGGUAUCAUCAACUGGCGGUGGGGAGGGAGGAGUAUCGGCAUCAGCAUCAACAAUACCAGCAGCAACAGCAAUAUCAGCAACAUCAGCAACAGCAAGUGAGACAGAUUCAGGGACAACAGCACCAACAGCACCAACAGCACCAACGUCAGCAACGUCAGCAACGUCAGCAAGCGAUAUUAGCACGGACACAUCCGCUACUAAUGGAUCAAGAUCCCUCCACAGUCUCGGACAUGCCAGCGGCACAGGAGGAAGUACAGAACGGUGAUAAUGGGUUGAAUGGCACGGAACAGGGACAGAAACCAAGAAACAGGAAAACAGUACUGGAGGAACCCAAGGUGGCGGACUUUGGCCUCGCUGAGGUCAGUAAUAGUGGUGGUGGUGUUGGUGGUAGUGUUGAAGGUGCUGAAGGUACUGGGGGCGUAAGAAUUCGGAGACUUGAGAGCCGCGAGGGAAGCAAGAACCGCGGGAGCAUUCUUGCUCAUAUGGGUGGAUGGGCUGCCGUUAGGCGUAAUCGUGCUGCUGGUGCUGGUGGAAGUGGAAGUGGAAGUGGGAGAGUGAAGAAUCAGCAGAGUGAGCAGACUCAGCAGGAUGAGCAGUCUCAACAGGUUCAGCAGGUUCAGCGGGUUCAGCAGGUUCAGCAGGUUCAGCGGGUUCAGCAAGCUCAGCACGUUCAGCAGAGUCAAAAGAAUCAGCAGGAUCAAAAGAAUCAGCAGGCUCAGCAGGUUCAGCGGACUCAGCAGACUCAGGAAAACAAUGGCUUGAAAGAUGGUGGCGAUGGGAAAGUGAAAUCUGAGAAGAAAGCUGAACCAAUGGGAACAGUCGAAAAGAAGGUUCCGUCGUAUUUCACGUUCAGUCUUAAGAAAGGUCGCAAGUUUGGUCCCAGUGCGUUGGAACACCAAGAGGAUUUGGGUGGCUGGAAGGUGGGAAAUGAUAUGAUCAUCAACGGUGGGAGUGUGGUGUUGAGGUCCUUGGGGUUGUCGUCGCCGGGUGUAGCAGAGACGACAGCAGAGACGCGAACACGGGAGGCGCGAAAAGCAGAACCAAAGACGAAGACGACAUCCGCAUCAUCACAAGCAAAAGCAGCAACAUCAACCAAACAACCACAACAACAACAAAAACCACCACCACCCCUCACCACCCACCGCCUCACCCUCAUCCCCCACGCCAACUCCUCCGACAUCUUCUCCCCCGCACCCCCUCCUGGCUCCCUCCUCAUCCACGCCUGUAACGCCCAAGGCGACUGGGGCACCGGCAUAGCCAGGAUUUUCCGCACUCACUACCCCGGAGCCUACAAAGCCUACCAGGCGCACUGCUCUUCCAUCCCCAUCACAUCCACGUCCACCUCCUCACAAACCAACAAUCUCCUUCAAGACCAAGAAGAAGCCGCCGAGUCCGUCGACCCCAUCCAAGCCCGCAAAAACGCUUUGGCCAAGCACCAGCGCAGCUUAGUCGGCACGGCACUGCUCAUCCCGCCGCGUCCCUCUGUUCCGGACGACAAGAAGCACUUUGUCGGGUGUCUUUUUACCAGUCUUGGGUAUGGCCCGUAUAGAGAUCCGGCGGUGGCGAUGAUGAAAGCGACAGGGAAGGCGAUGGAGGAUUUGAUGAGGCAGGUUGCGGAGUGGAAUGUGAAUGUGAAUGUGAAUGCGACUGCUACGAAGAAGAAGAAGAGUAUGAAUAUGGUGAUUGGUCCGGAGAUGAGGAUGCCUAGGAUUGAUGCGGGCAAGUCUGCGGUGGAGUGGGAGAUGACCAAGGAGGUCUUGGAGAAGGUGGAGGUUAGAGUGCCGGAGGGAAUGUUGCCUGGGAAAGGGGAGAUUAUGGUUUUUGAGGGGGUUAGUGCCAUUGAGGGGGAGAAAGGGAAGGGGGGGAAGGGAAAGGGGAAGGGGAAGGGACAGAGAAAUGGGAAUGGAAAGUAACGGGAAAAUAGGUCCUGGGCACUUCUUGCGAAGCGAGAGAGAUGGGUUUAAUAAAGGGCUGGUAUGAAGAGUAAUGUUGAUACGGCUACUGUAAAAGGAAGCUAUUGUGUCAAGAGUGAUAGAACUUCCUAAGCUCAUAGCCCGUUCAAGGCAAUAAUCCCCAUGCUUGACCAACCUAACCGUAUCCAUG